CAUGUGUCAAUGGCCUGUGUUCACCUGGCAUCCAAAAUCGAAGAAGCACCAAGACGCAUAAGGGACGUAAUUAAUGUGUUCCAUCGCCUUAGACAUCUACGGGAAAAAAAAAAACCUGUGCCUCUAAUACUGGAUCAAGAAUAUGUGAACUUGAAGAAUCAAAUUAUCAAGGCAGAAAGAAGAGUGUUAAAGGAGUUGGGAUUUUGUGUUCAUGUGAAGCACCCUCAUAAGAUAAUCGUUAUGUACCUUCAGGUAUUAGAAUGUGAACGUAACCAACACCUGGUCCAGACUUCAUGGAAUUACAUGAAUGAUAGCCUGAGAACAGAUGUGUUUGUAAGAUUCCAGCCAGAAAGCAUUGCCUGUGCAUGUAUUUACCUUGCAGCUAGGACACUGGAGAUUCCACUUCCUAAUCGUCCACACUGGUUUUUACUCUUUGGAACAACAGAGGAGGAAAUUCAAGAAAUUUGCUUAAAAAUUUUGCAACUCUAUACUCGGAAAAAGAUUGAGAUAUCUGACCUGGAAAGUAAAGUAGAAAAGAAGAAAUUGGCUAUUGAAGAGGCAAAAGCACAAGCGAAAGGUCUAGUACCGGAGGGAGCCCCAAGUUUAGACAACAUAUCAGGAUUUUCCCCUAUCCCAAAAAAUGAGUCUCCAAAAGAGGUUAAAGGCAACAAACCUUCCCCACUACCUGUUCAGGCAAUGAAGAAUGCAAAAAGGAAAAUGGAGGGAGCAAAACGGACAAGUUCAAAUAGUCCAGUGAACGGUGUUCAGAAAGGAAGAGAAAGCAGAAGUCGAAGUGGAAGUAGAGAUCAGAGUUACUCAAGAUCACCGUCCAGGUCUCCAUCCCCUAAGCACAGGAAGAGUGCAAGUUAUUCCACUUCAAGCUGUUCUAAAUCCCACAGCCGUUCUAGGAGCCGCAGUGACUCUCCUCCAAGACAAUUCAACCAUAGUUCUAGCUUCAAAGGCUCCAAGGUGAGAAGUUACAAGAAAUCAAAAGACUACAAAUACUCCACACACAAGCCACGGAAAUCACGCAGCAGGAGUUCAUCGCGUUCCAGGAGCCAAUCCCGGGAGCGUUCCGACCAUUCGGGGAAGUACAAGAAGAAAAGUCACUACUACAGGAAUCACCGGCAUGAGCGUUCGCGCUCCUACGAGCGAGCAAGUCAUCGGUAUGACCGAGACCAUCCUGGCCACAGUAGGCAUAGGCGAUAAGUCAAGCAAAAACUUCUUUCCUUUGGAAUUUAAGCAGUGGAGUUCCUUGUUUGGCCUUUGCAAUAUAGGAUUAACCUGACUUGUAAACCACGUAGCUUGAGUAAUGUCCAUUCUGCUGGCAAUUCUGUAUUUACUGUCAUGAAUCCAAAGGAUAGAUACUAACAAGACAGGAUGAUGUCAAAGAUUUAGACUGAUAAAUGUCUUGGUGACUGUUCUGCUGGAGUGUCAUCUUAUAACUGCAGAACUCGUCUCUGGAUGCUCCUAUGCCUGCUCUUUAUUAAUUUGCAUACUGUAGUGCUGUGGAGUGUUAUUUGGGACUUCCAGUUCUGCAGGCAGGGCCUUCAUUGUUUAGUCAUUGGAAUACUGUGCUGAACAGUCCUUCCCUGUGGAACUAGAAAGCUCAAGACAGUUCAUAAAAACUAUUGGAGUGGCUUGGUGCUAACAAAGCUGUCUUUUCAUACUGACUCAAUUAUCUUGUACAAAUGUAAGGUGACUUUUUUUAGAACUGUUGCCUAUAUUAGGUUAUAUAUGUGUAUAUAUAUUUUGCAGUGUUACAGUACAGUAUGGGAGUAUGGCCUUACUUAGCCUUUACACUUUACCCACAAUGUAAAUAAGCAUUUGUUUAAUGCAGGUGGAAGAUAUAUACAGAAAAUUCAAAACUUGAAUUCUAUCAAAAGACUUGUGUAGAAAAUUCUGAUAAAUGUGAAAGUAUUUAGCUCUGUGUAUUGAGAGUAGUAUAUUUUUAUCUGUGCUAUGCUGUGUGCAGGUCACCAGCUCAUAAGGCAUUUCCUAUAUAUUCAUUUUACGUGGUUUGAAAUUCUCUACUCAGGAUCUUUGACACUCUGAAGAAUUAGUAGUUUGUCAGUCUGCAUGUUUGUUGAAGAACAGAGCAUUAAAAAAAAAAAAAAAGGGCAAAAACCCCACAGCCCAGUAGUAUCAGUUCUAGUGGUAUGUCUGAGCUGUUACUCUCAUGCUCCCUAAUUUCAUUAAAGUAUUUGAUUUUCUAUU